UUCUCCGUCCUCUUCUUUCUCGUCCACCUUCAUUCCUCUCCUCGAUUCGAUCUUUUCAAUUCCUCCCCUCUUCGUCCCUAUAAAUCUUCUUGGCCGUUUCGUCAACACCACGCAUUGAACCACACGAGAAUAUCAUAAUGUCGGAUCCCGUCCAAAUAGCAGGGAAGCGCAAGAGAGCCAGGACGCAGUCUUGCCCACCCCCGGAGUUGCCCCAACUCGUCGCGGAGCAGCAUGUUCCGAUCUCCGCCCAUGACAAGGAUACCCAACGUCUGAUCGUCGUCCUCUCGCACGCCAGUUUGGAAACCUACCGGGCGUCCUCGGGGGGUCGUAAUGGAACCGCACGUGAUGAGAAGUAUUCUUUGCUCAACAGCGACGAGCACAUCGGUGUCAUGCGCAAAAUGAAUCGGGAUAUCAGUGAGGCGCGACCCGAUAUCACCCAUCAGUGCCUUCUCACCCUGCUCGAUUCCCCCGUCAACAAGGCCGGUAAACUACAGAUCUUCAUCCACACGGCCAAAGGUGUCCUCAUCGAGGUCAACCCCAGCGUUCGCAUCCCGCGAACCUUCAAGCGGUUCGCCGGUCUGAUGGUCCAGCUUCUGCACCGUCUCUCCAUCCGCUCCACCAACUCGCAGGAGAAGCUGCUCAAGGUCAUCAAAAACCCCAUCACCGAUCACCUGCCCCCCAACUGCCGGAAGGUGACGCUCAGUUACGAGGCGCCCGUUGUCCGGACCCGGGAUUACCUCGAGACCCUGGGAUCCAACGAGAGCGUGUGUAUCUUCGUCGGUGCCAUGGCCAAGGGCCACGACGAUUUCGCCGACUCCUUCAAGGACGACACCAUCAGUAUCAGCAACUACAGUCUGAGCGCAAGCGUUGCCUGCAGCAAAUUCUGCCAUGCCGCCGAGGAAGUGUGGGACAUCAUCUGAGCGGGCCUCAUCCGUCGCAUCGUCCCACGCUCUCCCCUCCGUCCCGUCCACCCCUUCCUCUCCGGACAGGAACGGCUUCGGUUUUCACGAUGUCACGAAU